UUUUCGUAUUCGGAUGAUGUAAUGGCCAAUGCAUACGAAGACAGGUGAUUUUACCCUGCUUGAGAUGGUCACUUCAAGACAUUUUCUGCCAGCCAUCCUCAUGCAUAAAAAAUGUACAGCUACCACAUCAUCACUAACCUCCACCACCACCACACCCACGACCCAGAGGCAUCAAGAUUCUUGGUUGCAGCAACUGUCUUGGUUGUUUCUCUCAUGACAGCUGCCUGUAAGGUGAUUCGUUCAACUGGAUUGGAUCGACUUCAACAUCUGGCUCCCACUGAAUUGUUCCGAGUCAAACAGUCAACCACUAAACUCACCACCAAGAGUUCGCAACCUCGCUUCCUCCUCCUUCGGACCCGGCCACCAUUCACUAAACCCAUACCACUGGUCAAGAACUGGGACGUCCCAACCAUAUGCUCCUUUUCAUCUUUGACUUCCAUUGUUCCAGCCGUCACAUUCACCCUCGUCCCAAUCUGUUUGCUACUUGCAUUUGAAAUCAGCCCUCGCCUACUCGGCACAACAUGGUACUAUACAGUACAUGAUUGCCAUGUACAUCGGUUAGGACACACACAGAAUAUUACUGGUAAGAAUGGGAAAUAAUGGAGGCAAGAAUUGCAGGAAACUGUCAUGGCUGCAAGCUUACGGAGGACCUCGGCACGAUCUACGCUUGAGUUGCCCAACUCAGCUCCUACAAUUGCCUAAGUAGGACAAGCUCGGCUCGGAUGACUUUGGUCUGAAAUUUUACAUUACUGCCAUUAUCGCCUUCGUCAAGUUGAGAGAUGCUCACAACGAUUGUGCUUUUAUGCUAUUGAGCAAGCGGAGUAGCCGGCAAUUUCUGACUUCACAUCGAUGGGUCUUUCAGGAUAAUAAUGGGUAGAAGUAAGCAAGUCGAACCGGGCGCAACGCUUAAUUAGGAAAAAGAAGGCUACCCCCAA